AUGACCACCCCGGCUGAAGAACUGCCUCGAUUCGAGUUCAAGCCUUCUAGCCAGAGACCCUCCGAUGACGAUAGCACGGCUGUUGAAAAUGACAGACAGGAAGAUUCGGUUGACAGCAAACAAUUACACGACCGAUUGAAGGUGGAAACACAGCGUCGGGAUACAAGUGCACGCUUUGAUGACCCGCGGACCCCUAGCAAGGCACGGGAGGAGGCUCAUCGUCUUGAGGAUGAACUCGCCGUGCAGAGAGCUGAACGGCUCACGUCGAUAGAAGAACGGCAAUCAGAAGGCGGCCGGAACUCGACACAGCUUCAUCGAUCCCGAUCAAGAGCACCCGAACCCCUCGAUGAGUUUGAUACGGCUACCAACCCUAUCCACGAACGGGCCGCCAUUUACAAGCCACCUGAAAACCCCAGCACUAAGAUUGCCAAAUUCUUCAAGUACAUCCAUCAUUCUAGCUUCGUCAUUCGCUACUUCACCUACAUCGUCCCGGUCUUUGCCCUCCUCCUGAUCCCCAUUCUUGUCGGAGCUUUCCUGCCUGCGGCCGAGCAUGCAAGUGUUGGUGGUGUCGACUUGAUCUGGUUCGGUGUGUGGCUUGAAAUCAUCUGGUUGACUCUCUGGGCCGGCCGCAUCGUUGCCAUGAUGAUCCCCUAUCCUCUCGGUCUGAUCUCGAGCCUGUUUACCAACAAUGCCAAAAAGUGGCGAGAUCUAGGCAAAGCCCUUGAACUCCCAGCGACAAUCUUCUUCUGGUGGCUCGGUGUUGAGAUAUCUUUCUUGCCCACCAUGACUAACCACCAUGUGAAUGGCUCCAAACAAACCAAGCAUUGGGAAAAGGUUCUCAACAAGGUCAUCAUCUCCGUAUUUGUUGGUGCCACCUUGAAUUUCAUCGAGAAGAUCAUAAUUCAGUUGAUCGCAAUUUCUUUCCACUUGCGAACCUACGCCGACCGCAUCGAAAUCAACAAGUUCCAGAUCGGCAGUUUGACGAAACUAUAUAUCUUUUCCAAGGCCAAGAUCGCCAUGGAAGACGCAGAAUUCGAGGAGAAACACUUGGAGCCUGGGUCCGGGACAAAAACACCGGCUAUGUAUGCCGUGCAAGCUCAGGAAGCUCUCACCAAGGCAUUUGCCAAAGUAGGUGAUGUGGCUGGUACAGUCGCGGGUGAUUUUACUGGGAAAAAGGUUGCCAAGAGUGGUCACCCUUCCCAGGUUGUCUUGACUCUCCUCCACAGCACCAGUGGGUCGCAGGUUCUGGCUCGACGCCUGUACCGAACGUUUGUGCGAGAGGGCUUCGAAACCGUGUCUUCAGAAGACCUUAAGGCGGCUUUUGACAAUGACGACGAAGCGGAAGCUGCUUUCAGCAUGUUCGACAAAGACAUGAACGGGGAUAUCUCCAUGGAAGAACUCGAAGCUGUCUGCGUCGAGAUCGGAAGGGAACGGAAGUCAAUCACUGCUUCUCUCAAGGAUCUCGACUCCGUCGUCAGCAAGCUUGACGAUGUUCUGUUUUUCAUCGUCGGCGUCGUCACACUCUUGGUCCUCAUUUCUCUCAUUUCCACUUCGGCAGCUGGAGUCCUUACUUCUGCCGGUUCGGCCGUACUCGCUCUUUCCUGGCUGUUCUCCGCCACAGCCCAAGAAUUCCUGCAGUCCUGCAUCUUUGUCUUUGUGAAGCAUCCGUUUGAUGUUGGAGACCGAGUUUCGAUCUACGGCAACACCGGGUCAUCGCUCAAAGGAGAUGAUUACUUCGUCAAAGAGAUCUCGUUGUUGUACACAGAAUUCAAGAAAAUGGAGGGUCACAUUGUCCAAGCCCCGAACUCAUAUCUUAACACGUUAUUCAUCCUGAACAUGCGGCGCUCUGGAGGUCUUGCUGAGGCUGUUCCUAUCGUCAUUAGGUUUGGUACCACUCUGGACCAGAUCGAGGCCUUGCGGAAUUCACUCCUCGAAUUUGUUCGGUCAGAGAAGCGUGAGUACCAGGGCAAUAUCUUGACUGAACUUAGAGAUGUCACCGAAGCGUAUUCUCUCACUCUGAACGUUGUGUUCUUUUAUAAAUCAAACUGGCAAAAUGAGCUACUUCGUCUUCAGCGACGCAACAAAUUCAUCUGCGCUCUGAUGGUUGCAAUGCAGGAGAUCGGAAUUGAAGGACCUCGUCGUAACCAAGCUGGUUGGAGACCAGACGUGCCGUAUUUCAUGCAAUUGCCUCCUGGCGCUCCACCUCUCAUCGGCGGAAGUGACCAUGAUAUGCACCCUGGUCACAGUUCGGGGACUAUCACCGGCGAUCCAAUCCAUCAAACACCAGCAGUUGCAGCCCCUCCGCUUCAAUACCCUUCCAUCAUGCGACGACGGCCUAGUACAGGUCAGCUAGGACGACCUAGGGGCGAGUCCUUGUCGGCCAUGGCCAAGAGAGUGGAUUUUUCGCUCGGUAUGAAAGACGUCAGCUCAGGAGAGCAACUCUCCGACGUCUACGAAGACCGAAGUCCCCCGCAAUUCGAAGAGGUGAUUCGAGAAUCCAACCGGAUAGACGAAGAACGAAGGAUUUCAGAGUCCCAAGAUCGAGAAAGCAACGGAAGAUCGACUUCUCGGGACGGUCACAUGAUGAGCGGGAUUCUACGGCGUUCGACCACUCAAAGCUUUGGCGGUAAUUCCAGGGCAUCCGUGGGCGGCCACCAUCGAUCCUCGAUCAGCAGUACCGAGACACAUCGCAAUCGCUUCUUGAGUCGCUUUAAUCGCACGGGCAGAAGCAUUGAUCUUCCACGCGACUCCCUCGCAGAGGAGGGCCAAGCUCCACCCAUGCCAUCCGCUGGUCCUCUGGAUGCGAGAUCUGGCAAAGUCAGCUCACAGGCAGUCCGCGUGGACUCUAUUACUAGCUCGUGCUCCAACGAAAACGAGCCAUUCCCAUCCAUGGUCCCAGUGAGCAGCAGAGCAGAGGAUUUUGAAAUGAAAAGGCUGGGAGAGAGUUCGUCCAGCCACCAGCAUUAA